AUGAAAAGAUUAAAUCAUCAUCAGGAGGAAGUACAACAGGAUCCGAAAAGAAUCAAGUUUUCAUCUUCAUCAUCAACAAAUAGUAUUCAAGCUGUUGUGAUCACUCUCAUCGAUUUACAUAGCAACCACCUAAUCGAUGAAAAUGAUUGGUGUUGUAUUAAUUAUCGUAAAUUGACCAGACAAAUGGAUGGGUUGAGAUUGUGGACAGUGAGAAGGAGACAAGUUUGGGAUACAAUUUCGAAUCCAAAGACAUUUCAUGGAAUUCCAAUAGAACACUGCAGGGAUCCAUUUACUCUAGAAAAAUCAUGGGCCGAAGGUUUGGCUUUCAAUUUAGGAACAUUGUUUCAAACUGAUAAUGAGACAGCUUUAGAAAUGGUGAAACGUUCUCCAAAAUGCUUUUCUGUUCUGAGAAGUAAAGACAAGGACGUUAUAUUGGAAGCUCUCAAUACACCACGAAUUGUUAGAUAUACAGAUUUGGAUGUUAUUCACAGAUAUUUAAAAAGCAUACAAGACAGAGAAUAUGCAAUACAGCUCAUUACCAAAUACGGUAAAAUAUUAGAUUUUUUAACACACUUUGAGGAAGAUGAAGAGAUGCAAUUGCUUGCUUUUAAACAUGGUUGGUAUAUAACACAGCUUCCUCAAAAGUGGAAAGAACUUAUGGAAGAUAAAUCUAAUGUUAUGGAAAUUCUCCAAACCAAUAAGAAUAUUAUCAAACAUAUACCCAAAGCAAUGCUCAUGGAUAGAGAAAUUCUUGAUGCAAUAUUUGAUAGUGUUGAUUCAAUUGAUGAUAUUAACUUGAUUCCAAAAGAAAUUUUAAAUGAUAAGGAAUUUAUUUUCAAACUAUUGAAAAAGGGCUAUUAUUUCCAUCUAAUAAGGUUUGGUAUUUUGAAAAAUUUCAGCCACGAUUGGGACUUUAUGAAGACUGCUACAAGUAUUGAACCAAGUAUUUUUACAAUUUGUCCAAUUGAUCUUCGUUCGCAAAAGGAGUUUGCCCUAUCAUGCUUGGAUACUGUUAGAGAAUCGUUUCGAUUUAUUCCUGAAUUCCUUCAAGAUGAUAGGGACAUUUUAUUGCAAGCAGUCAAAUCAGAUUUAAGUGUAUUACCCAGACUUCCUCAAGAUAUUUUACAAGAUAGAGAAAAAAUUCUUACCAUUAUUAGAAGUUGUGAAAAUAGAUCAUAUACUACACCUGAAUUUGAUUAUUUCAAGGAAGAUGAGGAAAUUUGGUAUGAACUCUGUGUUAGAGAUCAUGAGUUAAUUCAUCAAUCCAGGUUUGCAUCUGACACUAAUUUUUUACUAAGAGUCGCACAAAAAAAUCCAAGAAUUCCAAUAUCUAUUGAUUUUGACAAGUUGCCUGAUCUUUCCUAUUUUUUUAGAGAGUCUCUUAAAGUCACUAAUUCAGCCAUAUUCUAUUAUCUAAAAUUAUAUCCAGAGUUUUUCAAUUUAGAGGAGGCUAACGAGAUUACAGGUUUGUAUCUGAGUAAGAGUAGUGAUUUUAAUGCCCUGUUUGCAAGGGUUUUGCAUGAUAAGUAUAAUAAUUGUGUGUUACCUCCGCAAGCUCUGAAAUUCAAACCAAUCACUGAAGAAUCAUCUACUGACGAAUCUGAAGAAGACUAUGACUCGCUUGACUCGGAUUAUGCUGAAUCAGAAGAUGAGGAUGAUGAAUUAGAAGAUGAGGAUGGUGAGGAUGAUGAAUAUUAUUAA